AUGGAGUCGCAAUCAUAUAAAAUCAUUGAUUUGGCAGCAGCCCAGAAAAUCUGGGAAACCUUCAAAGAUGAAGACUACGUCAAUGGAUUUGAAAAUAAAAAUAUUCGUGUCCCUCUUCGGCCAUUUUUCACAUAUAUGAAAGCACCUGAAGACAAGGGCCAAGUGCUAAUCGCACCACCGAAAAUCACAUUGGAACACAUUGCUAGCGAGAUGUUUGAAAGACUCAACAGGAACAUCAUUGAAGUUAAGCUCGACGAACGCGAUGUGCCGCCCAAAGGUUUUCGCGCGAUCUACAAAUGGAUGCGCACUCAGAAGACGAUCAAAAAGAAACAUUCGGUCAAGGCAAUGCAAGGAGCCAAAUAUUUGCAAAUCGAUACACUAGAGACGGAGUUGUGGGAACUCUUGAGUGAUCCCGAAAUACGCGAGAGGGCGGCAUUUGAUCUGUUUGCGAGUGCCGGCAAUCUGAGCCUUCUUGAUGAUUUCCGUCCUCUGAUGGCGGGUCGCGUUCGCAACUAUUUCUUACCUCUUGUCGCCAGCGAGGAUUUCGUGAAACUUCAGCCACAACAGUUGAUUGUUUUGCUUAAGGCAACCACACUUGGUGUCAAUUCGGAAAUUGAAGUGCUGUAUGCGGCAGUGCGUUGGAUACUCCACAGAACCCAAGAUCGUCUGCCUCAUAUGCAAGAAGUCAUGCAGUCGCUGCGAUUCAUCUAUAUGCCAAUGGGAUUUUUGUUUUCUCUACGCGGAGGUACGCUAGGGAAGGCUACCGAUGACAUCAAUACGCCAGACUAUGUGCUCUUGGAGUUUAGCAAGGAUCGCAUCUUACAAAAUCGUUUAUCUGAAGCCAUGUCCUUUAUAGGCAUGGAUAUGCAGGGUGACGAGGAGACGGACACGGAUAGCGAGGGCUUUGGGAAGCGAGCACUGGUCAGGAAACAGGAGUCACCUCGUCGCUGGAUUUACUUCCCAAUGUGCAAAUAUCAUAUGCCAUACGUUGUCUAUCCCUAUGUACAUCACUUCAAGUAUGCUCAAUUUAUCGAGUUCAUUAGCUCGAUGCAGUUGGAUUGA